AUGGACUCACAUAUUAUUAUGAGAAGUUUUGCUUUUUUUGAGCAAACCCAACCAACCCAAUGGAUAGGCGAAAUGGUAAAGAAAGCAGCAACAAAGAAACAAGUUAAGGCAAUUGUGCCUGCUUCACCAGAGAAGGAUCAAGAAAUGGAGGAAAAUAAUGUUACACUACAAGAGAAUAAUCAAAAUCAUAUCAAUCAGUUGUCAGAGCGUUUCGAAAAGAUUGCUACCACUGCCAACAAUAAUACAAAUAUAAACUACUCCUCCAUCCUUUCGAAUAUCAUCAACAAUACAAACAAUGCAAUCAAUACACAACCAAAAGACAGUGAAUAUAAGAAGAAGUAUAUUGAAUUAAAGGAUAAAUUUACACUCUUUAAAAAGAUGAAGCAUACCGAUACAGAGAAUUUGUUUGAAGACUUUAAGAUUGCUGCUGAAAAGCGUGACUCUGACUCAAAGAAAUAUAUAUCACAAUUGAAGUUCCAGGUGGAAGUUCUCCAACAAAAAAAUAAAUUAUUGAAUGAAGCACUCAAUAAUAAAUAUGGAUGUGACUAUGACAAUCUCCAGAAACAAUUGAACGACCGUAGAGAUCUAGAAGAGAAGUUCAAACUCGAACAAAUUAAACAAGUUCUUAAUGAUAAGAUCAAAGAGGAUGAUAAGGUAAUUUCACAGUUGAAUGAAGAAAAGAAUUCAUUAAUCAGUCAAAUGGCAGAGAUGAAGGAGGAGUUUGAGAGAAAGAUGCAAUCGGCCAAUCAACAAUUCGAGUCGUUGAUUGAGAAGCACACCAAUGAGCGAUACGAGAGCCAGAGAGCAGUCGACUCUAUGAGCAGUGAAGUCAACGAUCGUUUGGCCGAAUCACGUAGAAUGAUUGCUCAACUCCAGGGUGAGAACGAAGCACUCACCACUCGUCUCAAUGAGAUGGUCCAAGAGAAUAAGGACCGUUCCAAUCUCUUCCAGGACGGUAAGCAGAAGCUCAUCGACGAGUGGAUGUUGGCCGACAAGCAAAAGGCCGAGGACUUUGAGUCGCGUAUCAUCGAGGUCAAGAACUACUACGAGCAACAAAUGAAGAAAUUGAAGCAGGCCAACGAAGACAACAUCAUAAAGAUUCACGACGAGUUUGUACAGUCUGAGACCAAGCUAAAGAAGUUGAACGACCAGCUGCUCGACCAAAAGAACGUAGAGAUCUCUGUCAUUGAGAAGCAACUCACAGAGGAGAUCGAACAACUCGAAGAUAAACGUUUGAAGGAGCAUCAAGACUCAUUGAAAUCACAAAGAUCAUUGGCACAGGAACUUCAAGAAUUGAAAUCAAAAUUGGAUACCAUUGACAGUCAGAAUAAAUUAAAGCAAAACUAUUUACAACUUUAUCAUAAACUUACUUCAAUUAAAUUGAAUCAAGUAAGUGAUAGUAAAUAUGAAAUGUUGGCUCAAUCUCAAAAGAAUACUCUAAGAAAAAUACAAGGAGAGAUUGUAAUUACAGACAGUGAACUUUCAUACACACCAAUUUCAAUUGAUAAUUGUUCUUCGGUGGCAGAGUGUGUUGAGAAUCCAGUCGAUAUCCCACUAGAAGACUCUAGUAUUUUCGUUAUGAAGUUAAUUGAAACUAUCUAUGCUUAA